AUGCAAGAUGUGAUACAUGACCAUGAUUACCUACCUUUUCCUUUACAUCAUCAACUUAUUCUUAAUAAAAUAUCUGUUACACCUGACUCAGCAAAGGAAAUUGAAAAGAAAACUAAAAAUCAGACGAAGACAAAGUUAUGGCAUACAGAACGAUCUUUUCGAGUGACUGCUUCAAGAGUCGGUGAGAUUUGUAAAUUUACUGCUAAAAAGGACCAAGAAAAGUAUGCACAAAGCCUUAUAUGUAAUAAGAAAAUAGUAAGCACGGCCUUAGAAUGGGGCAAGUCUAUGGAAACCACAGCAAUUGAAGCAUAUGAGGGGAAAACUGGAAAAAAAGUAGAACGCUGUGGUUUAUAUGUUUCUGUGCAGUACCCUUUCAUUGGCGCUUCUCCUGAUGGAUUAAUUGGAGAUAACAAAAUUUUAGAAGUUAAAUGUCCAUAUUCCAUAAAGGAUGAAAUGAUUGGAUCCAACAAUUAUUUCCAUUUAGAGCAUGAUUUGCAACUGAAAGAAACAAGCAACUAUUAUUACCAAAUCCAAACGCAGUUACUUGUCACAGGAAGAGAUUGUUGUGAUUUAUUUAUAUGGACUAAUGUUGAUGAAAAAAUAAUAAAUGUUAAAAAAAAUGAUUCAUUUAUACAAAAUAUUAUAAUCCCUCGAGUAAAAGCUUUUUUUUUCAAUUUAUGUUGCCAAAGAUAG